AUGUAUGAUAGGUUAAAUCCAACAAGAGGGGGUAUUAAACCUGAGUUUUAUGACAAGGUUGACGAGUUUAUAGAAACGACUAGUAAGUCAGAUGUUGUGAAGUCGGAAGGAAAGUGUAGAUGCCCAUGCGUUAAGUGUAGAUGCACAAACUAUAAAGAGUUGAACAUUAUUAAGAUGCAUUUGUGGGAAAAAAGGUUUAUGCCAAAUUAUUGGAUUUGGAUAGAACAUGGAGAGAUUGACGAUAUAGGGAUUAAUCAGAUGAGAUUCAAUAAUUGUGGAGAAGGUGGUUCAGGAAGUGGUGCAAAAAUGGAAGAAUGUGAUAUGUAUGACAUUAGCUGGGAAGACAACUCCAGAAGGUAUCAUGAAAUGGUUUUCGAUUCUGCUGGUCCAGAGGAUCCUCAUAUAGAGGCUAAAAACUUUUUUGAUCUUCUUGAGGCAGAUCAAAAGCCUUUGUGGGAAGGUUGUGUGCACUCUCAACUAUCGAUAGCUGUUAGAAUGCUAUGUAUUAAGGCCGAAAAAAACCAAUCACAGGAGUUAUUUAAGCAGUGGGCCACCUUAAUUAAGAAAACUGCUCCUGAGGGUAGUGCCAUAUCUAGGGAUUACUAUGAGGCUAAGAAGUUAGUGCAAAAGCUUAGAUUGAAGGCAAUCAAAAUAGAUUGUUGCUCAAACAAUUGCAUGUUGUAUCGAAAAGACGAUGCUGCUCUAACUAGUUGCAAGUUUUGUGAAGCACCUAUAUUCAAGCCUAUUUCUAAUGGUAGUUGUAAGUCCAAAGGAGUUCCUAUCAAACGGAUGCACUACUUGUCCUUAAUCCCUAGACUUCGAAGGCUUUAUGCGUCAAUGAGUUCAGCUCCGCACAUGACAUGGCACAUAAAAAACCAACGUGAUGAUGUCGUGAUGACCCAUUCGUCACAUGGGGAGGCAUGGAAAAGCUUUGACCGUAUCCACUCUGAUUUUGCUUUGGAGCCUAGAAACAUUAGGUUAGGUCUUUGCUCUGAUGGGUUUAUCCCAAAUAUCCAAUUUAGCAAGCCUUAUUCUUGUUGGCCCGUAAUUGUUAUUUCAUACAAUCUACCUCCUGAAAUGUAUAUGAAAGAUCCUUAUUUGUUCUUGACUUGCUUAAUACCUGGUUCUAAUAACCCUAAAGCCAACAUUGAUGUAUUCUUGGGACCCCUUGAUUGA